AUGACCAGUGGAGCACGCAUUGUCAUUCCCACUUUGCUUCUAUUCAUUGCUGCUCUCUUCACUGCAACUUGCGCCCAUGACAAUGCUGAGCUGAUUCACAACGAAAUCCUGGUGGACACCUCCUCCUAUUCCAAUAAGGACACUCAACAAGCCCAUCACAGAAACCACCACCAUCACCAUCACCACAACCAUGACAACUAUAAAGACAAUGACGACGACCAUGACAACGACCAUGACGACAACGAAGAAGAAGAAGAAGAGGAGGAGGAAGAUAAUGUUUAUCAUCAAGUGGAGGCACACCAUAAGACACAGGAGGUGUAUCCUAUCGUGGCUGAUAUGAACACCGUAUCGACAGCUGCAAGGGAUCUAUCUAUAUCCGCCGAUAGUUUACCGACAUCGAGUAGCUCAGUAGCUUCAUCCAAGCAAAAGACAACAUUGAAUGGCAAUGACGACGGCACCAUCUCUAGCACCAACUCCAAUAGGACGCCUGAUUUCAGUUUGGAAGCCAGCCCUCAUGUUCAAGUGAAUCUUUUCUGCGUGAUUGACCAUGCAUUCUGCAGCAAGGUGGCAGGGGCAUUGCAGGAUGCUGCCAAAAUGUUCAACGACGUUGUAAAUAUAAAGAAUGACUUGUUGAUACAAGCGACCUAUUACAGCUUUUGUGAAAAGGGUUGUGCCAAUGAUACAUUUGGAUGGGGAGCCCCGUCUUCGCAGUUUACCCUUCCUUUUGAAGAUGGUGCAGAUCUCAACUACAUAUACCCACAGGCACUAGCAAAACAAUUGGCACCUUACAGCAACACUUCAGCAUGGGCAAAUCAUGACAUUGCUUUGGAGAUCAACCAUGACAUUUAUAUGAAUUCAAUCAAUCAGGAACAGGCACAUCAGGAUGGAUGGAAUGGUACCGGUGUUCCUGCAGGAGGAAUCUAUUACUUUAAAGAUGAUUCAAGCAACAUUGCAUCGGAUCAAAUCGACUUGAGAUAUAUCAUGCUUCAUGAGAUCUUACAUGGCGUUGGCUUCUUGAGUUCAUGGGCAGCUUAUUUUGCAAAUGCGGCAUCACCCUUUCGAGCAUUGAUCAAUGGCAUCAUCGAUCCAGAUGAGCUACAACUUGUGACACCCAGCCCUUUUUGGUUCAUCAAACAGCAAACCGGUCCCAUCUUUGUCACAGGCUUUCAACCGACAAUGAUAUUCGACAAGUUCCUUUAUAGCAUCAACCCACAAUCCAAUCGCUCAGAUCCUUUAUCGUUGGCAGCUGUUGGAUUUGAUAUGCAAAACUUUUGUGUUCAGGACACGCAAUCCUUUGUCAUCAAUUUCAUCCAAGAGUUCAACCGAUCGAAUCAAUCACGCAACGCCAAUCGACUUUGGACUUCGAUGAGUGAAGAAAAUACGCUCAGCUUUCAUUUCCCACCAUCAGCAAUCGAUAACAGCAGCUAUAAUACAAAUUCGUACCUGAAUGAGACAUACAAAGUGAUGCGAUUGUUGACAGGCGACCAGCUAUUGACCUCGCACAUGGAGCUAUCGAAUCGGAAUUUUCGACUUGGGAUUGCCAUCUCACAUUUGGAUGAAAACUAUUCGACCACGCCCGAUUUUCUCAUGACAGGAUCGUACAUCAGAGGCCAAUCCAUUGAAGACAUUGUGCAAGAAGCUUACAAACAUCUACCAACAAUUUAUUACAAUGUGAAUGUCAACAACACUGAUACUCAGCACGUAUACCAAUCACCCAUCGGUCCAGGCGUUUUGAGAAUAUUGGAUUCAAUGGGCUAUUCAACAGUGCUAAGUAACACCAACUACACCACAGCGGGCAAUGUCAAAUCAGGCAAGAUGCCAUCUGUAUGCGACGACAAGAAUAACAACCAUGCCAUAUCCAAGAGUAAAAAGAAUCUAGACACAUCCGAAGCAACGCCAGCGUCAUCAAACAACAUGUCAGAGACCCUGGUAGCACUUUGGGCUGUUGUACUCUUGUCAGUGUUGUUCUUUUAG